CGGCGGCUCCCGCUGGGGGCGCUGCGACCGCGCGAGCCGAGGCCGCCUUCCAGGAAGCCAAAAAAAAAAAAGAAAAAAACAGGAGGAAAGAAAGAAAAAACGAGGGGGAGGGAGCGAGAGGAGGGAGAGCGGCGGAGAGCCGGGCCGGGCCGCCGCCCGCACGCCGCGCCGCCCGCCCCGCCGCCCAGCCCUGGACCCCGCGGCCGCCCGGCGCUGCCUCCGGCGGGCACUCAGGGAUCAUGGCCCAAGUGGAAGUGUCUGCUCUGCCCAUGGAAAAUGAGGAGUCCUCAGAGAGCAGGAUGGUGGUGACGUUCCUCGUGUCUGCUCUGGAGUCCAUGUGUAAAGAACUGGCCAAGUCCAAGGCGGAAGUGGCCUGCAUCGCCAUGUAUGAGACGGACGUGUUUGUCGUCGGAACCGAGAGAGGACGCGCUUUUGUCAACGCCAGGACCGAUUUACAGAAGGAUUUUGCAAAAUACUGCAUUGCCCAAGAAACGCAGGAGGCCAAGCCCCCGGGCCCUGCAAACGGGAUGCCGAUGGAUUCAGGAGAAACGGAAAUACUCAGAAAAGCAGUUGAGGACUAUUUCUGCUUUUGUUACGGGAAAGCCUUGGGGACGACAGCAAUGGUCCCUGUUCCGUACGAGAAGAUGCUGCGAGACCCCGGGGCCGUGGCCGUGCAGGGCCUUCCAGAAGGAGUCGCCUUUCAACCCCCUGAGAACUAUGGUCUCGCCACCCUGAAAUGGAUCUUGGAGAACAAAGCGGGGAUUUCAUUCAUCAUAAACAGACCUUUCCUAGGUCCAGUGAGUCAGCUAGGUGGGCCUGUGGUGGCCACAGACGCUGAGAGGUCGGCGACAUCGCCAAGCGAAAGCUGCGGCCCCGUCAGUGUGAAAACGGAGCCCAUGGAAGAUUCCGGCUCCGCGGUGAAGCCGGCGACUGUGUCCGUCAAGAAGGAAUCGGAAGAUCCUAAUUACUAUUGCUACAACACGCAAGAAAGCCAGCAUCCUUGUGCCAGCGACGAAGUAACAGAAAUGGAGUUACCCAUGGAAGAUUCCACUCCGCGUGCCCCUUCAGAAAUGAGCGAGGACCCCAAAGCCGAGGUGAAAAUUGAAGCACGCUGACCCCGUUUCAGAGGGAAGAUCCCUCCCAUCGCUGUUUAUAAGAGAGAACAAGAGCGAGCAGCCCAGGUGCCCCGCGGUUACAAGAGGGCUGUGGCCGUCGCUGGGAAAACUGCCCACGUGCAUUCAGAGGGAAACAACGCCGUGUGGCUCGAGACAAGUUACAAACAAAACGGAGGGACACCCAAGCCAUAAUUUCUCAUAGGAUCAGGGCUCAGUCGGUUAACCGUCCGAUUCUGGAUUCCAGUUCCGGUCGUGAUCUCAGGGUCCUGGAAUCAGGCCCGUGUCAGGCGGCACACUCAGCAUGGGGUCCGCUUGGGACUCUGUCUCUUCCUCUCCCUCUCUCCCUCCGCCCUACUCCCUGCUGAUCAAUCAAUCAAUCAAUCAAAUCUUUAAAAAUAGUAAUAAUUUAUACUGCGAUCUCAGUUUUAUUUCAAAAGAAGAAAUUUUAUGUAGAAAGAAAAAAGUAGAAGAUAAUACCAAAAACCAAAAAACCCAUAGCGACCAGUGUUGGAAUUGUGUGUGAUUUUACUUUUCUUCAUUUUGCCUUUCACCGUUUCCCUCACUGUCCCCAGGAGGCGUAGGUUAAUUACGUAUGAGGGGGAAAUUCAGACACUGACGGGUUCUGUGUGAAGGGGCCGCUUCUCCGCGGGGUGUUAGCUCUGACGGUUUUACUGGAAGUCAUGCGGUGAUGCCGUCAGGGUAACCAGACGCAGAGGAGACGCCCCCUGUCCAGAGGUGACGUCCCUGACCUGUAGCCAGGAGGGAGGCAUGGAUGGAUUUUCCCUCCGUGGGGAUGGGUUUGUGCUAAGUCUGCCGUACCUGAAGUCAGUGGGGCCUGGUGGGUUUCCAGAUAAAACGUGAUGUUUAGGGGUGCCGGGGUGGCUCAGUGGGUUAAGCCUCUGCCUUCAGCUUGGGUCAUGAUCUCAGGGUCCUGGGAUUGAGCCCCACAUCGGGCUCUCUGUUCAGCAGGGAGCCUGCUUCCUCCUCUCUAUCUGCCUCUCUGCCUACUUGUGAUCUCUCUCUCUUUCAAAUAAAUAAAUAAAUAAAAAUCUUUUUUUAAAAAAUUAAAAUUUAAAAAAAAGAAAGGGAUAUUUACACGGCCCAGUCUCAGGCCACCAUAAGGCCUUACUGUGGCGUCUGCGACCUCCGUUCUGAGCCACACAAUGAGGUGGUGUUCCCUUGAAAUCCCACGAAAGGAAACCCUUAAAAUACUUUCAAUUUCUUUUUAUUGACGUGAAACGAACAUGACAUGAAAUUAACCGUUUUAAUGUGAGCGAUUCAGUAGCUUUUGUACAUUCACGGUGCUGGGCGACCACCUCUAUGUAGCUUCAAAGCAUUUUCAUGUCAGAGGCAAACCCCAAACUCAUUACGAGUCGCUCCCCCGCUUCCUCCCUCAGCCCCUCGCAUCCGCCAGGCUACUCUCUGUCUCCGUGGCUUUACCGUUUCAACCUGUUUCAUACCGGUGGGAUUGUACAGUGGGUGCCCUCGGGGGUCUGACUUCUUGCAUUUAAAUCUCCAGGGGCAGGUGCCUGGGUGGCUCCGUGGGUUAAGCCGCUGCCUUCAGCCCGGGUCAUGAUCUCAGGAUCCUGGGAUCGAGCCCCGCAUCGGGCUCUCUGCUCAGCAGGGAGCCUGCCUCCCCCCGCCUCUCUCUCUGUGCCGGCCUUUGCCUACUUGUGAUCUGUCAAGUAAAUAAAUAAAAUCUUUUUUAAAAAAAUAAUAAAUAAAUAAAUCUCCAGGGGCGCCUGGGUGGCUCAGUCGGUUAAGCGCCCAACUCUUGAUUUUGGCUCCAGUCAUGAUCUCAGGGUCGUCAGAUGGAGGCCUGUGCCGGGCUCUGCGCUGGGCGUGGAACCUGCUUCGCCGCUCCCCGCCCCACUCAUGUGCACUCACGCUGUCUCUCAAAAAAGUUAGAAAUAAUAACUUAAUCAAAUAAAAUAGAUUCUCCAAAGUUCAUCCACAUGGCAGAAAAUGACAAAACUUCCUUUCAAGGUUGGAUCAUAUUCCACCGUGUGCAUAAAUCACGGGUUAUCCGUUCUUCCAUAGAUUAACGCUUAGGUUGUUACCUCAAAGUACUUUUAUGAAUAUAAUGGAGUGCAACAUACGGAGUUGUCGAAUCGCUGUGUUGUACACCUGAAACCAACGCAACGUUGUGUGUGAACUCUACUUGAAUUAAACGAGGAAACAGUAUAAAAAAUCCCAUGUUAGAAUCCAAGUCCGGCGGUGAUUUGAACACAGGUUGAUGGAAACGUUCUCCAAGAGGGCCUCCCUGCUGUGCUACUCUCUUGUGGGACAUGACGCUCGUGCAGGGACUACAAGUCCAAUCACCUUUUUGGUCUGGAGAGCAGUUUUCUAAAGGAUUGGCUAUAAGUUAUUCGGUAGAUAAUGACCACCUAGCAAAGGACCUUGGCAUGGGGAAGCCCAUGUGUAGGUGUGCGCUUGUCCUGCGUCAGACGGCGGUUAUUACGAUGACUUAUAGAAUGUGGAGCCAGAGGAGCACUUUCGUAUUUUAUUUUUUAAAAGAUUUAUUUAUUUAUUUUAGAGAGAGAAAGUGCAUGCAGGGCAGAGGGGCUGGGAAGAUGGAGAGCGUCUUAGACACAGAGCAUGGAGCCCGACUGCCUACAGCCCAUGUUCUCUGAAGCUUUAGAAGUUGAGCCUGCGCUUCUGAUCAGAGCGGCACGUGGACGUUUUUAGAAGAGAGUUAACCUAAUUUUCUUCAAGUC